CAAGCGAAAUCUAGACCUGGAGUUUUCGGCCACGGAGGCCAGGAUUCCAGAUCCAGGUACACUCGGCCUUCGAGGGUGGAUAUGGCCUGCAGAGGCCACACUCGACCCAGGGGCCUGGCCUGGGCCCUGAGACUGACUCUGGUGUGGAUCCUGCUGGGGGCCUGUGGAGGGAGCCGCCCACUCCCAGGUCUGUCCCGGAGACACCAAAGGCUGGCGACCGAUCUCAGCACAGGCCAGCAGCACCUUGCAGAGAUGGACACACCAGAGGCAUCAGACCCUGGGACGGUCCCAAAACGCUGUGGGGAGCUGAGCCCUGGGUGCGAAUCCUUCCUGGGACACCUCCAAGUUGCCCUCCACAGUCGCAUCCGCCUGCUGUUACUGGGGAUAGGCCAGCUGCAGCCGCUCUGUUCUGAGCUCUGCGAUGUCUGGUUUGCAACUUGCGAAAGUGAUAUUACCUGCGGCCCAACUUGGCUCCCGUUCCCAGAAAAGAGGGGCUGUGAGCCUGGGUGCACUACCUAUGAGCAGACCUUCGCCGACGGGGCGGACCUUUGCCGCUCAGUUCUGGGCUACGUGCUGCCGGUGGCAGCUCCUGGCGCCGAUCACUGCCUCAACAUUUCCAUCUCGGUACUGCCGGAUCGCAGACACGAACGGAGGGCCCGGGAAAUCAGUUCCCCGCGCUCCCGCCGCUCCCGCGCCUGGAUCCUGGAUGCCGUGGGCAGCGGGAGUGGCAGUGGAAGCGGCAGCGGCCCGUAGGGGGUGCCGGGCCUCGGACGAAAGAUGCGUCCCUUCCCCCGAGCCGACCGACACCCAGAGCUCCACCCCUCUCCCUCUCUGCUUUCUAGUUCCAGAGUGCUGUCCCUCCUCCUGGAGUCCCAGAGACUAGCCCUUCUCUGGGUUAUCAGACAAAUAACCCAAAUCUAGCUCAUUUUCCCCUCUUCCCCCACUGAAUAAA